AUGGCUUGUGAAACACCAAAACAAGACUGGGACAAACUCAAGGAGGAGUUCCAAGGCACAGAGAGGACAAGGCAGCAGCAGCUCUUGAACCUAAGAAGGGAGUUCGAGAACUUGAAGAUGAAGGAAGAAGAAACUGUCAAGAAGUAUUCUGACAGAAUCAUGGCUGUAGUUAACAGCAUAAGGCUCCUUGUUGAUGAGGCAAGGAUUGUGGAGAAAGUGCUCUCUACCUUACCAGAAAGGUAUGAAGCAAAAAUAUCCUCCUUAAAGGAUUCAAGGGACCUGACCAGCAUCUCUUUAACAGAGCUGAUCAAUGCUCUGUCUGCACAAGAGCAAAGGAGGGCCAGUAGAUCGAAGGAGCGCCAAGAAGGUGCCUUUUCCUCAACCUACAAAGGCAAGAAGAACUGGAAAAACAGGCCUAAGCCUGAUGCUGCAAGAGGAGGAGAUCGACUCUGCAGAUUUUGCAAGAGGCCUGGUCAUCCAGAAGCCAAAUCUGAAGAAGGCAGUGACAAUGAGGAGCAAGUCUUUGCAGUCUCUUGCUCAGCUGCUCAGAAGAAAGUCUCAAAUGGUUGGCUCCUUGACAGUGGCUGCACCAACCAUAUGUCACCAGAUGCAGCUAUUUUCAAGUCCUUAGACAGAAGCUGUAAAACAAAAGUUAAAGUUGGCAAUGGCCACUUUAUCAAGGCAGAAGGAAAGGGAGAUGUGGUUAUUUGCACUCUAACAGUGGCCAUGACAGAAAAGAGCUUUGUUGUGGACUGGAAUAAAGGCUUUGAUAAUGCUUAUGUUGUUUCUUCUGAAGACUCCAAGCUUUGGCACCAAAGGCUUGGGCAUGCCAUGUAA